GCUAUCGAAAGCGAUAGAGAAUUUACUUCAUAAAAUCUAGCUUGAAAAAAGUAGUUCAUCUCAAAACCUUUUUAAGGAAAAUAUAAUUUCUUGCUGGAAUGUUUGAAUUGCAAUUAAUGGUGUUAAGUUCUAUUUUUAAAUAUCAAAUUAACUUUUCUAUUUUAUUACAUCAAAUGUGACAUUUUGAUUUACAGGUGAAAUAUUGAAUAAAACACCAGUAUGAUUAUGAAGUAAAAUACGUGGAAAUAUUUUCGACAUUGAGGGACAAUGAAAACGACAAGCGUUGCAUCAAAUGACCUCGGAACGAGCAAUAGUGGUACAGAAACAGAUAACCAUAAAGUGUUAGGCUAUCGUCAUUCAUUUGUGUUUAGCAGAAAACAUUUUGUUUGACGUAUAUUGGCCUCAUAAUGUGUACACAACGGAAAGAAUUUAUAUUUCUGCACCACUAACGUUUCUAUACUUUUCAAUACGUGUCAAGGAAGUUUUCUUUUUCUGUUCAUACCUGUAUACUUUCUAAUAAUAACUUAACUGUUAUAACAAGACAUUAUCUUGUUUCGAGUAUCAACAACGUUCGUAUCGGAGAUACAUUUUCGUACCACACAUGAAUGUUAUAAAUUGCAUCUCAGCCGAAUUGCUAUCUAAUCAUAAAGAGGUUGGGUUUUAAAAGAAUCAUUCAAAUACAUCUACUGCUAAGCAUAAAAAGAGAUUCAUAAAAAUGAAUAUGGGUAAUGUGUCACUUCAUGGGGAUUUUAACAAUGCAACAAACAUUUCUUGUUCUGUUCAUAUUGUUCCAGAAAUGAAAAUGGUUUCAAAAUUAAUACUAUUCUCGGUGUUUUCAGUUUUCAUAUUCGGAGCAAUAAUUUUAAACAUUCUUCUAAUAGUUCAAAUAAAUAGGAGAAAAAAACACAAGGAAUUCACAAGAUUUUUCUUGACAUCUAUGGCAGCAGCGGAUCUAUUUGUUGGAAUGACAUUGAUGCCAUUUAGCAUUGCAAAUGAACUCACUGAAAUGAAACAAUUUCUUGGACCUAGAACGUGUUCUUUAAUGAACAGUGCUGAUGUUAUGUUGACGUCCGCAUCAAUUAUUCACUUGUCAAUUUUAACAUUUGAAAGAUACAUUGCACUGUGUAGACCAUUCUCUUACAUGAGGAUAUGUUGCAGACGAAAUAUGAUUUUUCUAUUUCUUAUGUGCUGGCUUGUUGUAGCAACAAUUUCGUUUGGUUUCAUCAUGCCCGGAUUCCACCAUACUGGGAUCGAGAAACAUAUUCUCACAUGUAAUGUUCACGUUUUGGACAGGUGCAGACUGAUUGUGGGUAUAUAUUACGAACUUAUCAUCUCUGCUCUCACAUUUUUCAUUCCUGGGUUUUUGAUAUUAGGUUUGAAUAUUAGGGUUAUGAGCCAUGUUAGGAAACAAAGCAGGAAAAGAAAAUAUGUCCUUAGAAGUGAAUAUAAUCAUAACCAAAGGAACGGAAGUGAAACACAGAGCAUGCGCAUUGCAAGGACAAUAGCCAUUUUGACAGGAUGUUUCUUUGUUUGUUGGUUACCAUUUUUCAUUGUAAACAAAAUAAUUGUGUUUACAAAUUACAGCUUCCCUUACAUUGCAGAAGAAGUGGUAUUGUGGUUAGGAUAUGCAAAUUCAUCGAUGAACCCUUUACUUUACCUCCUGCUUCAAAGCAAAUCGUGUAUAGGGAAACGAUAAAUUCAAACAUUUAAAAUUAUGUAUAUUUCAUAGAAAUUGAUAUGAGAUGGUAGACGCUUUGGAAUUUAUCAUUGACGUUUACAUGAUUUAGAUAAAUGUGUAUAUUACAAAUUGCAUUUUUGAUAUUAUUUCAAUCAGGAAGCAGUAUUGAAUGCUUUAUGAGCCAAUACAUUUGUACCUUUAGAACUCUAUCUGUCUUCUUUUCACGCUGCCUCACAUCUCUCAAGAGCAUUUUGGGCAGGGUACAUGUCGGCUGUAGGUGAAGAUAAAAGUAUAAACUGAAAGAAAGUUUUUCAGCGUUCGUAAGAAUCUUAAAUGUAGCAGGGGUGUUAAUACGUGAAUAUGAAGGAGUAAAAGUAGUAUAAAAGCAAAUACCAUUAAUUAGUACCUUAGCUAUGACACAAGGUCAGGCAGUGUUGCUAUACUAGGGGCAACCUAUUAACGUUGGGGAAUCUGAAGUGGAAAGAAUUUGACGGAGA